AUGGCAGUGCCAACCCUUGAGAAAACGAUCAGAGAUUUGUACUGUUCAGCAAAUGUCGCAGAUGUCACUGCCAGAGUUCACGACGAGCUAAUCGUCCUUUUAGUGCUAAAUACUUUUCUGUCCAUUACAGCAUUUUUGGGGAACACUCUGAUCCUAGUUGCUCUAUAUAAAGAAUCUUCACUUCAUCCGCCCUCCAAACUCCUGCUACGUAGCCUAGCGAUAACUGAUCUCUUGGUGGGAAUCAUUGUCGAACCUCUGUAUGUUGUUUACUUGAUGUCGGUGAAGAGUAAAAGAUGGGAUAUUUGUUAUAAUGUUAACGUUGCGCUUUUUAUCGCCAGUCAUAUUUUGUGUUCGGUGUCUUUGUUAGUAUUGACUGCAAUAAGCGUGGACAGACUUCUCGCCUUGUGGUUGGGCCUCAGAUACAGACAAGUUGUAACUUUGAGAAGUGUCUAUAUAACUCUAAUCGUUAUGUCGGUUUUGUCCAUUGUCGUCACAACAAGCCUCAUUUGGAAUGAACUGUUAUUUUCAUUGCUUCUUUUCAUAAAUUUGUCUUUUUGUUUGACUAUUAUAAUAUUCUCUUACAUGAAAAUCUUCUUCACGCUCCGUCAUUACCAAAUUCAAGCUGAGAUCAAUGUGGCUCAAGACCAACCGAGGCAAGCAAUUCCACUGAACAUAGCUCGAUACAGAAAGGCAGUGUACAGUGCACUGUGGGUGCAGGUUACAUUAUUUAUUUGUUAUAUACCAUUUGUUAUAAUAGAGGCCUUGACUGAUCUGACAAGCGUCAAGUUAUCUUCAUCAGUAUAUCUUGUUAAGACUUUUUCAUUUACUUUUGUUUUUCUAAACUCAGCAUUAAACCCAUUUCUUUAUUGCUGGAAAAUCAAAGAAGUAAGACAGGCUGUUAAACACACAAUAAGGCAAAUCCACUGUUCUUUGACAUAA